UGGUUUUGCCCCCUUGUGCUGUGUCUCGUCUGUUUGCCCCCAGCCGAGGUGGAUCAUGGCUCAGCGCGUGUUUUAUCCCGCCAGUUCGAGGGUGACUCUCAAGCAAGAGCUGAAGAACCUCCAGGACGAGCCCGUGGAAGGCUUCAGGAUAACUUUGGUGGACGAGUCAGACAUGUACAGCUGGGAGGUGGCGAUAUUCGGACCCCCAGACACGCACUACCAGGGGGGCUACUUUAAGGCCCAGAUAAGGUUUCCCGUCGACUACCCCUAUUCUCCACCGUCGGUACGAUUCCUCACCAGCAUGUGGCACCCCAACAUCUAUGAGAGCGGGGAGGUGUGCAUCUCUAUCUUGCAUCCACCAAUCAAUGAUUCACAGAGCGGCGAGCUGCCCUCGGAGAGGUGGAACCCCACACAGAAUGUCAGGACCAUCCUGCUCAGUGUCAUCUCGCUGUUGAAUGAGCCCAACACGGAUUCUCCGGCCAACGUCGACGCCUCACUAAUGUAUCGCAAGUGGAAGGACAGCAAGGGCGCUGACAAUGAAUAUGCUGAAAUUAUCAGGAAGCAAGUGCAGGCGACCAAACUUGAAGCAGAGCGAGAUGGCGUCACAGUUCCCCUCACUUUGGAUGAAUACUGCCUGCGCAAUCGCGCGCCAAUCCCAGAAGAAGGCUCCAGUUUCCUAUAUGACGACUACUAUGACGAGGAGGAAGAUGAGGAUGGCGGUGGGGAUGAGAUGGUUCUCGAGCACCCCAGUGACAGAACGAUCAACCUCUGCAGUGAUGACUAUGACUCGGGCACUGCGGAGUCCUGACUACGCCAUCAUUUACCCUGAUCGUUGACCGAUGAUGUUUCUGUCAUUUUUUGCAGGGUGAAGACUGGUGUCCAGGCCAGACUAACCUUCUUGGCUCACCACCCUGCAGCCUUCGUCACAAACACUAAUGACGGGUGACCUGGACGCACCGGGGAAUGGAUCACCUGCUGCUGUUGACAAAUUCCAGUUACUGUAAAAAUAUACAUCAAUAAAUGCAACAGAAAAAAACAAACUAUGCAGACGGUGCUUGAAAUUAAUACACGGUGUUUCGAAUGUGGUAAAAUUCAGUUAAUGAUUGCCUCAGGGGUCUUACUUCUCUACAUUUAACUCUUCCUAUUCAAACAUGCUGGAAACAGUGGACUGCCACCGUAUGGAGCCCAGAUGUUGAAGUGGCAAUGCAGUGGUAUUCAAACCUGUGAAGUUCUUUACCUAAGUCCACUUCUCUUACCUCUAGACCACUGAGUCUUGCUACAUUUUUAAAAGCCCCUUGUGCAGGUAUGGAGCGAGCGUGUCUUCUUUUCAAGUCGAAGCUGCAUAUCUGUCUAAGAUUCCCACAAACCGUAGCACCAGUUUCCAGAGCUGGAUAGUUGCAUUGUUGAGCCAUCUUAACUCACCUGAAUAAGUGAAAUGUUUAGCUUCAGAAGGAGCUCAGGCAGCACUGUGAGUGAUUCAGGAGAAUGAAUACUGGCCUGAUGAAUAUGUAGACCAAACAUGGUUUCCGUUGUGUGGUCUGCUGUACGCUGUCAGGCGCUCCGCAGUCCGACUUGUGCUCUGCUGCAAGGCCAAAGACAAGCCUCUCAGUAUCACUGCAGCUUGCUAUCGUGUCUGUCCAAUCAUGGUUUUAUGAGAUGUGCUGGAAAAAAAUGUGGAGUAGAAACAUAGAGUAGGAAUGGUACUUUGACUGGGUUUCUCUUUCAGCAUCAACAAGAGAAUGUGGUUCUGCAGCAUGGUGUCUGUGGUUGUAGAUAUGCCGUUAAGGUUAUCACUGAAGUUAUUAAAAAGAAAAAAACUUUAUUCAUCUGAAACUGUCUAUUGUCACUGGGUUGAGGAUUUUAUUGGACAUCUUUCUGUUAUUUCUGGAUUGUGGGAGUGCGAUCCAUUGUUUGACAAUGUUAUGUAGGACAAUUAAAUGUUCAAACUAACACAAAUUCUGACAAAAUAAUAGAACCAAGGCCACAUGACAUCGGCUGGAUCACACUGAGCACAUCAUAAAUCGCCAACAUGUACUUUCCUAUUAUCCAUUGUAUGGCCUGCAAAAGAUUCUUCCCAGAAUGAGGGGAGUUAUUCUUUAACAAAGAACAAUCUAAAUGGCUGCUUUGAACAUUUUUCAUGUCCCUCUUCUGACCAAAGUUUUCUGAUCAUGGAUUGACAGCAAAAUAACUGGAUUAGGCCAAAACCCACCAGUCUCUAGAAAAAACCUCAGGGAAAAAUAAGACGCCAAACAAAGGGUUUACUAUCUGGGUGAACCUGAUUGGACGUCUGACUGUU